CCUGUCCACAGGGUCAUGCCAGGUGCAGAGACACAGUGCACCAGGAGAAAUGGGGCUGCGGUGAAGGCACCUGGAAAGCACUGAGCUCAAAACCAAGAGAAGGAUUUCCACAGCUUUCGAAGAGCCAAUAGUCAAACCACCGCAGGGAGCAAGACCUUCCACCACCAACAUGAAGGAAGACAUUGAAACUAUCUCUCUGGAUAGUGCCAGCUGGAGGCAGGUGGCAUGCGAGGACGUGAUGACCAAAGCCCAGAAUGCCCAGGAUGCCCAGGAUACUAUUUUUCACUCUGAAGACGACAACAGUCUGUAUUUCACAUAUAGCGGAAAAUCAAACAUUCUCGAGGUCAAAGAACUCAACUACCAGGUUAACAUGGCAUCCCAGAUUCCCUGGUAUGAAAACCUUGCGCAGAUGAAAAUGCCUUGGGCCUGGAAAUCAGAUCCCCAUUCUCAUGUGCCAAUAAUCCAGAAGCUUAAUUUAAAAGUUCGAAGUGGUCAAAUGCUAGCUAUUAUAGGAAGCACGGCUGGUGGAAAGACAUCCUUGCUUGACGUGAUAACCUGCCGGGAUCAUGGAGGCAAAAUCAAGACCGGUCAAAUCAUGAUCAAUAACAAACCCUGCACUCCCCAACUUGUUAAGAAAAGCAUAGCACACGUGCGUCAGGAUGACCGGCUGCUCCCUCACCUGACUGUCAGAGAAACACUAUUGUUCGUUGCCAAACUGCGCCUUCCAAAGUUUUUUUCAGACUCACAAAGGAAAAAAAGGGUAGAAGAUGUUAUAGCAGAACUGCGGUUGCGUCAGUGUGCAGACACCAGGGUAGGGAACGAGUACCUCCGUGGUGUUUCAGGAGGCGAGAGGCGGAGAGUGAGCAUUGCGGUGCAGCUGCUCUGGAACCCGGGAAUACUCAUACUUGAUGAACCCACAUCUGGACUGGACAGUUUUACUGCACACAACCUUGUGAUAACAUUAUCCAGACUGGCCAGAGGAAACAGAUUAGUUCUUCUUUCACUUCAUCAACCCCGGUCAGAUAUCUUCCAACUGUUUGAUUUAGUUCUUCUGAUGACUUCUGGACUCACUGUUUAUUGUGGAACAGCUAGAGACAUGGUCCAGUAUUUCACAGAACUAGGCUAUCCCUGCCCAAGGUACAGCAAUCCUGCGGAUUUCUAUGUUGAUUUGACCAGUAUUGAUAAACAGACUCCCGAAAAGGAGAUGGAAAGCCGAAAAAGAGCAAAUACUCUUGCCAACUUGUUCCUAGAAAAUGUCAAAGAUUUUGAUGAUUUCGUAUGGAAAGCUACUGAAGGAGACAAUGUUGCAAACACACUCAGCAAGCAAAGGUCCCAUUUUAACUCAGAAGAGGCUAUCAACAUGCCUCAAGAUUCAUGUGAUCAGUUACCAGGAGCCUUAAAGCAGUUCACUAUAUUAUUAAGUCGUCAAGUCUCCAAUGACUUCAGAGAUCUUCCAACGCUAUUAAUCCAUGGAUUUGAGGCCCUUUUCAUGUCAUUAUUAAUUGGAUUUUUGUACUAUGGCCACGAGAAAACCAGACUUUCUAUUAGUGACACAACAGCACUGUUGUACAUGAUAGGUGCACUAAUCCCAUUCGCAGUGAUUUUGGAUGUUAUUGCCAAAUGUCAUUCGGAAAGAGCUAUGCUUUAUCAUGACUUGGAAGGUGGAAUGUACUCUGCUAGCCCAUACUUCUUUGCUAAGAUUUUGGGGGAGCUCCCAGAACACUGUGGUUUUGUUGUCAUUUAUGCGGUUCCCAUCUACUGGCUGUCAAACCUCAUUCCUGAAGUAGAACAUUUCCUGCUGAACUUCUUCUUGGUAUGGCUGGCUGUGUACAGUGCCCGUGCAAUGGCACUUUGGAUGGCAGCAAUGCUGCCGACGUUACAGCUCGCUGCCUUCUUUGGCAACGUCCUUUUCACAGCAUUCUACAUGAGUGGUGGUUUUGUGAUAAGCCUGAAAAACCUCUGGACAGUUCCAUAUUGGUUUUCUAGAAUCUCUUUCCUCAAGUGGAAUUUUCAAGGCUUGAUGCAAAUUCAGUUCACUGGCAUCACAUAUGAAAUGUCUCUUGGAAAUUCUACUUUGCAAAUACCAGGGAAACUCGUGACACAGUCUAUGGGCCUGGACACCCACCCUCUCUACAUGAGCUACCUCGUCCUCAUUGGCACCAUUGGCACCUUCCUGUUUUCAUACUACCUGUGUCUGAGAUUCAUCAAGCAGAAAUCAGCCCAAGACUGGUAACAGCAAACCACACAGAGGAGGCAAGAACCCAGGGCAAGCCCACACACUGAUUUUCGGUGCAAAGAGAGCGGAGCCGCGGGGCCGGCUCGCCGCAGGAUGGCAGCAGCACACCGGGAGUCGGGAGCCACCGGCUUCACGCCGGAACUGCAGCCCGGGACCGGGGCUUGGGAGAGGGUUGGGGGGAGGGUUGGUUUGUUUGACGUACCGGUUUUACAGGUGACAAGACGCUUAUGAUUUCUCCACACUUGGAACUACUCCGAGCUAUGGGCCAGCGAUUUAAAAAGGACCCUUCGUAAUAACUGAUGUUUUAGUCCAUCACGUUUGAAUAUAGAGUGAUCGCAUACUUAAUUCUGAGCGAACAGCAUCAGCAUACACAAAACACUGCUUUCUGUAGCCUGUAUAACACUCAGCACUCAGAAGAACGGUGGUAGAGGAAAGCAACGCAGAUUUCACUGGUGCUUCAGGAGAACACAAACUAUGGAAAAUCCAGCGGUUAACUGUGCCAGUUCUAAUUGGUUAUGUGUUUUAAGGCUUUGCCUCUGUGUACCAGUUCAAUGCUAUUGAUGCCCCAAAAUGGGUAUUUACUAACUGUAUAGUUGAUUUCCAGUAAUAGAUCAAAUUAUCUCACCUUCUUGGAUUUAUUUUUACAGUAUAAAUACAUUUGAAGUGAUAGUUAUCAAUCCCAUCUUUCUCCAUGGCAAUAAAAUCACAGCAAUUUGCCAAGUUUGGUUCAUAAGAUUCUCAGGUAGAAAAUACCAACUUGACCCUCCAGUAAUUAAAAAUGUAAUGAAGCCAUCUGUGAAAUACUUGUAAUGGUGCACCUAGUUAUGCCCAGACAUAGGACACAAAUGCACACAAAACGACUAAGAGUAAAUAAAUGGCUGUAAUUCACCUGCAGUCACAGUAAGUGCAUGUGCAAAUUAUGUAUACAGUUGUUGUGAGGAUUUUAUAAAAUUAGCUUCCUUGAUUUUUUUGUGGAUGUAUAUCUCUGUGCUUGUAUACAGAGACACAGAGCGUGUUGUCUGUGCUACUUUGGUUUAUAUGUUGUGCACAGUGGGAAAUUCCUAGUGUAAUCGGCUACAACACCCUGAAUAAUAUUACGCAAAUCCCUCCCCCCCCCUUUUUUUUUUUAAGAAAGAAGAAUGAAAGAACAUCAAUAUUUUAUUAUCCUAUUUGGCCAUUAGGAUUGUCACACUACUUUACACAGGUUCCAUGUGGUAAUAAAUUCCCAGGCAGACCCUAGCCUAAAGACGUUACGCAGGUCUGAUCAAAUAACAGUUUCAGACCCAGGCAGCAGCAGGAAUCAAAAACAUUCCAAGGUUCUUCUAAGGUGAAUUCUACCAUUUCUUCCUGGUUCUGUUGCAUUUGAUUUUGGAAAAAAACCCCACUUGAUCUGAUCCUAGUGCCAUUUUGAAAUUAUCAGAUUUUCAUUGCCUUCUAGUGGCAAAGCCAAUUCUUUCAGUCCAAUUCAGCAUCAUUAAAUUGUCAGAAUAGCAGCUUCCUGUUUGAUUCUUAAUUAUUCCUUUUUAUUAUAUUUAAGACACUUAAUUUUUUUAAAGUGGUUUACUCUUCUUUGUAAUGAUCUGUUGUGAUUAGAAUCUCUUUUAUAUUACACUGAAGUUUUAAGGGUAUAUAUUGGUACUUCUAGUCUAAACCUCUAUUUUCAAGGUAUUUAGAGGAUUAAAUUCUAGGCUGACUCUC